AGUGUCAUAAUAAUUCUGGUAAAACCAUUUUCUUCUCUCUUUCUUCCCACCCCCAAUCCAUCAAGAAAGAGAACAAACACCCUUCAUGCCUAGUGCCUACCAUUUCCUUUCACUCUUGUAUGUCUCUUUGCCCAGCAAACCCCAGAUCUCCUAAAUUCUUGUAUUAUAUUUUCCAAAUUGCCCUUUUGCAUAUUUUGCUCCCCAAGAUCCUGUAGAAGCAGCUUUUAACUGAGACUAAUAAGCGUUCUUGAAACUUGUUGUAUCUAUGAUAGAGUGAAGAAUAGGAUUUAGGAAUUUGUUUUUCUUGUGUGGUUGAUGGUAUGGAUACAGAAAGCUGGAAAGAUGUGUACAAGGGCAUGUCAUCUGACAACAUUAAAGGAUUGGUUCUAGCUUUGUCAUCAAGCUUAUUCAUUGGUGCUAGUUUCAUUGUUAAGAAAAAAGGCUUAAAGAAAGCUGGUGCUUCUGGUAUUAGAGCUGGAGUUGGAGGAUACUCAUACCUGCAAGAGCCGCUUUGGUGGGUGGGCAUGAUAACAAUGAUUAUUGGAGAGGUAGCUAAUUUUGCAGCUUAUGCAUUUGCCCCUGCUAUUUUAGUCACUCCUCUUGGUGCAGUCAGUAUUAUAAUCAGUGCUGUGCUCGCACACAUUAUUUUGAGAGAGAAGCUCCACACCUUUGGAAUUUUAGGUUGUGCUUUAUGUGUUGUUGGCUCCACCACAAUAGUGCUGCAUGCUCCACAAGAACGUGAGAUUCAAUCUGUGAAGGAAGUGUGGGAUCUUGCUACUGAACCAGCUUUUCUCCUCUAUGCAGUGGUGGUCAUAAUAGCUGUCCUAAUUCUUAUAUUCCACUAUCUUCCCCAAUAUGGGCAGACACACAUUAUGUUUUAUAUUGGAGUGUGCUCACUAAUGGGUUCUUUAUCGGUCAUGAGUGUCAAAGCAAUUGGAAUUGCUUUGAAAUUGACUUUAUCAGGAACGAAUCAGCUAAUAUAUCCCCAGACUUGGGCUUUUACUUUAAUUGUCAUUGUGUGUGUUCUUACCCAAAUGAAUUAUUUGAAUAAGGCCCUGGACACAUUCAAUACAGCAGUUGUCUCUCCUAUAUACUAUGUCAUGUUUACCUCUUUGACUAUUUUAGCCAGUGUAAUCAUGUUCAAGGACUGGGAUAGGCAAAAUCCUACUCAAAUCGUAACAGAAAUGUGUGGAUUUGUGACAAUUCUUUCUGGAACUUUUCUUCUUCACAAAACCAAAGACAUGGUUGAUGGUCCUGUCAUGCUGCCUGUGCGACUUCCGAAGCACGGCGACGAGGAGAAUGGUUUUGAGCAAGAGGGUAUCCCCUUGAGGCGGCAAGAUUCUUUGAGAUUACCAUAAUGUGUCAUUCUUUUCUUUUCCUUCUUUUCCUAUUUAUCCGCCCCUUCACCAACCUGUCCAACUGUUUUAACCACCCAAAUUCAGCUGCACCGUUCUCGUAAUAUUUUACUUCUCCGAAGAGAGCACACUCAGAUUGUAUACUAUUAGGGGACUGAUUUGUCAUUUUCAGUGAGAGAAAUGAAAGAAGUGCUCUCUCACCUGUCUUGGAUCCAUGGAAAUUUCAGAAAAUUGUUGAUGUAAUUGCAAGGCCUGUGGUUUUAUUACAGAAGGUCAGUUCCCCUUGUAUAUUGGUUCCACGUGAACUAUAUUGACAUACCUGUAAAAAUUAUGAGUAUAUUUGAUUGUUCAACAAGAAACAAAUCGACUGGGUUUUUGCCCGAUCCAUGAACCAUUGAUACGACAGCUUUGUCCA